AAACUACCAGGGAUGUGAUGCCUUUCCUGCUCUAUGAACUUCUAAUUGGUUCAGCACGUUGCAGUGAUGGAUACUUGAUUACAUUAUGUGCUUCUCUUCAUCUGACACUUGGGAAAGAUUUCCUUUCUCUUACCAACGUUAAAAUAGAAGCUGAGAAGUGGAAAACAUGUUGGAAACAAUUGAUACACAUCGGGCCCUCCAGGCCAUGGAUCGCUUACAGGCAAAACUUCGGAAUCGAGGUGACAUUGCAAACGAGGAGAAACUGAACUUAUUAAAAACAGUGCUGCAGAGUCCUCUCUUUAAUCAAAUUCUGAACCUUCAGACUUCUGUUCAACAACUGAGAGAUCAGGUAAAUAUUGCACCCUCCAUACAUUCCACUGAUGAAUUCCCCCAACUUCUCCAUCAUGGUGUGAACAUGGGGUCCUUGCCACUUAAUGAGUCAUAUUUGUUGGCUCAGCAGAAUGGCAGCCCAGCUAAUGUGCUGGAAGCAUCAAUGAAAUCCAUUACUCCUCAGAUUAAUGGGAAGUCCUCUAGUGAUGAUUUUGAGCAGCUGAUCAGAAACAUGUCCCAGGGUCGUCUUGUUGAGACAAUUGAACUUACUAAACCUCUAAGUGGUGGUCUGGGCUUCAGUGUUGUGGGACUCAAGAGUGAAAACAGGGGAGAACUAGGAAUAUUUGUGCAAGAAAUCCAGGAGGGAAGUGUGGCACAUAGAGAUGGAAAGCUGAAGGAAGCAGAUCAAAUCCUUGCUAUUAAUGGACAAGCCCUUGAUCAGACAAUAACACAUCAACAGGCUAUCAGCAUUCUGCAGAAAGCAAAAGAUAAUGUCCAGCUAGUUGUGGCCAGGGGCACUUUUCCUCAGCUCAUCAGUCCUGUAGUUUCCCGGUCUCCCUCUGCUGCUAGCACAGUUUCAGCCCAUUCCAACCCGGUUCACUGGCAGCAUGUGGAGACCAUAGAGUUGGUGAAUGAUGGCUCAGGUCUGGGAUUUGGGAUAGUGGGAGGAAAGUCAACUGGAGUGAUUGUAAAAACCAUCCUCCCAGGAGGGGUGGCUGAUCAGCAUGGGAGAUUGUGUAGUGGAGAUCACAUCUUAAAAAUCGGAGAUACAGACCUAGCUGGAAUGAGCAGUGAGCAGGUGGCACAAGUUCUAAGGCAGUGUGGAAAUAGAGUGAAACUGGUAAUUGCAAGGGGUCCUAUUGAGGAGCCACCUCUACCAGCAGUUCCUCCAGGUACACCAGUACCCACCUCAAAACUAGAUAAACAGACAGAUGCUUCUAUUGAUGGCUGUGAAGAUGGGGAGAAAUUUAAUGUUGAACUUACUAAAAACAACCAGGGUUUAGGAAUAACUAUUGCUGGUUACAUUGGAGAUAAAACAUCAGAACCUUCUGGUAUCUUUGUGAAAAGCAUUACAAAGGGCAGUGCUGUUGAACAUGAUGGCAGAAUCCAUGUGGGAGAUCAAAUUAUAGUUGUGGAUGGAACAAAUCUUCAGGGGUUUACUAACCAGCAAGCAGUUGACGUUUUGCGGCACACAGGACAAACGGUUCGGCUCACUUUGAUCAGAAGAGGUCUUAAGCAGGAAAAUCAUAUUCCGCCCCAGGAGGACUUCAAUGCUCCUGUUGAAAAGGACUUACAGUUCCAAACAAAGGAUAGUAGCACAGCCAAAGAUAACAGUGAAACAGAACAGGGAUCCCCAUCAUUGCCAUGCAGUGCAAGUGUGGUAAAUAUUGGAGAUGACAUGAAACAACAGGAGACAGGUUCUCAAGAUUUCCAGCUAACUACUGCCGAAGAAGAAGCUACAAAGAUGAAGUGGCAGAGGAUUAUGGGUUCGAAUUAUGAAAUAGUGGUGGCUGUAGUUAACAAAUUUAGUGAAAGCAGUGGGUUAGGGAUAAGCCUUGAAGCUACAGUCGGACAUCAUUUCAUCAGAUCUAUCUUACCGGAGGGGCCAGUUGGACGAAGUGGCAAGCUGUUCAGUGGAGAUGAAUUGCUGGAAGUGAAUGAGAUCUCUCUGAUUGGGGAAAACCACAAGGAUGUGGUCAGUAUCUUGAAAGAACUGCCUAUUAAGGUGACUAUGGUGUGCUGUCGUCCAGUAGCUCCCCCCAUCACUCAACCAGAAGUGCUAGAGAGUCUGAGUGUAUCCGACGUUCAGCUUACAGAAAAGGCUCACAUAGAACUUGGAUUCAUUGGCUCCUCAGACACAGAGGGAACAGCUUUGGAAGCAGCUGAUGAGGGUCAGAGUAUGGAAGAGGUGCAAAGCUCGUCUUUGGCAAUGUGGGAAACAGAAGUGCAGAACAUUGAGCUGGAGAAAGGGAGUAUGGGGCUUGGAUUUAGCAUAUUGGACUAUCAGGAUCCUGUUGAUCCAGCAAACACUGUAAUUGUGAUUCGCUCGUUAGUUCCUGGGGGUGUGGCUGAGCAAGAUGGCAGACUUCUUCCUGGAGAUCGGCUUAUGUUUGUCAACGAUAUCAAUUUGGAAAAUGGCAGCCUGGAGGAAGCAGUACAAGCACUGAAAGGAGCUCCAGUGGGAACAGUUAAAAUAGGAGUUGCCAAACCACUGCCUCUUUCACCUGAGGAGGGCUAUGUCUCUGCUAAGGAAGAUUGCUUUUUCUACACUGCCCAGUCACUUGAGGAGGAGGGGCCAGCUGAUGCAGCCCUCUUCCAUGCUGAGCUGGCUCUGGUGGACUCCGGAGAGGCAGAUCUAGCAGAUGAGUCCACCUUUGAAUCACAGUAUUCUCUAGAGAGAGACGUCUUCCAGGAUUCAGCUUUGCAUCACAGUGCCUGUAGCGGUGAGGUGAACGACAGCUUCUCUCUUCCAUUAUCAGCUUCCAAGUCUGUUGGCGAGGAAUGUGAAAAUACUGCAGCUGAUUUCCAUGUAUCUGACAAGAAUCUGUACAACAUGGAUCUGAAUCAGAGAAUGAAAGAGCAAAAGUCUGUAGUGGGCAGUAGCCUGGAAACUGCAACUGGUUUUACCAAAACGGAUCUCCUGCCUCUGGAUGUUUCGGAUAUCAAUCAAAAUGAAAGUGAAAACACAGCAACAUGGACUGGAUCUCAGACAGCAUCAGAAGUUGCACUAAAUACAAGCCUUGCUACUACUACGCAGCUUGAUCCCCAAGGAAAAGAUCAAUUGCUUUUAAUGGAGAAGAGAUGCCCAAUAUCUUCGGAGGGAAAUUUCACAAUCCCAAAUUCAGUCAAAAACAUGUAUGAGAAGACUAUCACAAUUGCAAAAGGCAACUCAAGUCUAGGGAUGACAGUAAGCUCCAAUAAAGAUGGCUUGGGAAUGAUAGUUCGAAGUGUCAUCCAUGGAGGCUCAAUCAGUCGUGACGGACGGAUUGGUGUGGGGGACUGCAUCCUGUCCAUUAAUGAAGAGUCAACCACGAACUUAACCAAUGCACAGGCCCGGGCUAUGCUGAGGCGGCAUUCACUCAUUGGACCAGAUAUAAAAUCUUCUCCAGCACCUGCUGAUGAUCAGGCCCUCUGUUAUGUUAUUACAUACGUGCCAGCAGAAAAUUUAGACGAGUACAGGGCUGGUUUGGGACAAGAGGCAGAGGGAGCUGUGCCACCUGAACUUUUUCCUUCACAUAUUGUCAGGGAACUCCCAGAGCUUCCAGAACGUGAAGAGGGGGAGGGAGAAGAAAGUGAACUUCAAAAUGCAGCUUUCAGUAACUGGAACCAGCCCAGAAAAGUUGAACUCUGGAGAGAGCCUAGUAAGUCAUUGGGGAUCAGCAUUGUUGGAGGACGAGGGAUGGGGAGCCGCCUGAGUAAUGGAGAAGUGAUGAGAGGGAUCUUUAUUAAACACAUCCUGGAAGACAGCCCAGCCGGCAAAAAUGGAACUCUGAAAACUGGCGAUCGAAUUGUAGAGGUGGAUGGAAUUGACCUCAGAGAUGCCAGCCAUGAACAAGCUGUGGAAGCCAUACGGAAGGCAGGCAAUCCUGUAGUCUUUAUGGUACAGAGCAUUAUAAGCAGACCAAGGCCAGAGUCUCUUUAUAGCCCUUCUUCAGCUUCUGCUCCCUGUGGGCAGAAAACUACUAACCCAUUUUAUCGUCAGUCGUCUAAGAACUCUUACCCGUCUUUCCUGCAGAAUAAUGUUUUCUGUAGGCCAGGUGUCUUCAGCAGCACUAACCCAUUUGCUGAUUCUUCUCAGUUCAACACCAGCAAGGAGGUAUCGAAUCCAGUUAGGGUUACCUUCCGUUGUUCCCCAACUAACCCUUUUGCUCCCACACCAUUCAAGGCAUUUGGUCAGUCUGAUGUAGAAACAGAAAAGACUUCGCUUUGUAAUUUGCCUCUGCCUCCUCCUUCAGCAUUUUCAGGAAUGGGCUGUGAUGUUGCACAGUCAUCCAGAGUGCCAGAAGAUGUGGAGAAGGAGGAUGAGUUUGGUUACAGUUGGAAAAAGAUCGUACAGCGCUAUGGAAAUCUACCGGGGGAGCUACACAUGAUUGAGCUGGAAAAAGGAAGAACAGGUCUGGGACUUAGUCUUGCUGGUAACAAAGACCGAUCCAGGAUGAGUGUCUUUAUAGUGGGAAUUGAUCCAAAUGGAGCAGCUGGAAAAGAUGGCAGGUUACAAAUUGCAGAUGAGUUGCUAGAGAUAAAUGGGCAAAUACUUUAUGGAAAGACUCAUCAGAAUGCUUCCUCAAUAAUCAAAUGCACACCAUCUAAAGUAAAAGUGAUCUUUAUCAGAAAUAAAGAUGCAGUAAAUCAGAUGGCUGUUUGCCCUGCAAAGUCAGUAGAGGCUUCACAGAGUACCUCAGGGACCCUUCAACAUCAAGAGACUGAUGCAAGUGUUGCAAACUCUAGUGCUUUUUCUGACUUGAGUUCAUGUAAAAACAUUCAGUAUGUGGAACUCCCUAAGGAUCAAGGAGGCUUUGGCAUUGCCAUCAGUGAAGAAGACACAAUUAAUGGAGUAGUUAUUAAGAGCUUAACAGAUCAUGGUGCAGCAGCAAAGGAUGGACGAAUCAAAGUUGGUGAUCAGAUUCUGGCAGUGGAUGAUGAAAUUGUUGUGGGAUAUCCUGUGGAAAAGUUUAUAAGUCUUCUGAAGACAUCCAAAAGUACAGUGAGGCUUACAAUCAACUCAGUAGAAAUGGAUAACCUGACUGCAGCACCAGUCCCUUCCAGCACUGCCCCAGCAGAGAAGAGGAAUAUGCAGCCCCCAGCAACUGUUCCUGCUUCCAGCUCACCAGAACCAGAAGCAGUCAAAAACACAAGCAGAUCUUCAACUCCAGCCAUGUUAGCCUCUGACCCAGCUACUUGUCCCAUCAUUCCUGGAUGUGAAACAACCAUUGAUAUCUCCAAAGGGCGGACUGGUCUUGGUCUGAGCAUUGUUGGAGGAGCAGACACUUUGCUGGGAGCAAUCAUUAUCCAUGAAGUAUAUGAAGAAGGAGCAGCAUCUAAAGAUGGGAGAUUGUGGGCUGGGGAUCAGAUACUAGAGGUGAAUGGAAUUGACCUCAGGAAUGCCACACAUGAUGAAGCCAUAAAUGUCCUCCGACAGACUCCCCAAAAAGUUCGUCUAACUGUGUACAGAGAUGAGGCCCAGUACAAGGAGGAAGACAUGUAUGAUGUGCUUAAUGUAGAGCUUCAGAAGAAGCCUGGCAAAGGCCUUGGGCUGAGUAUUGUUGGGAAAAGAAAUGAUACAGGCGUGUUUGUGUCAGACAUCGUCAAAGGAGGAAUAGCAGAUACAGAUGGGAGAUUGAUGCAAGGAGACCAGAUAUUGACAGUGAAUGGAGAAGAUGUCCGAAAUGCUAACCAGGAAGCUGUUGCAGCUUUGCUAAAGUGUUCCUUAGGUACAGUAAGACUAGAGGUCGGAAGAAUAAAAGCUGGACCCUUCCACUCUGAGAGGAGAACAUCCCAGAGCAGCCAGGUCAGUGAAGGAAGUGGCACUCUCUUAUCAUUCAGUUUCCCGGUUUCUGUGUCCAGUGCACCUGAGGUCUUUGAAAGUGGUCUAAAGAAGAGCACUACAGCUUCUGAAAUACAGGGACUAAGAACAGUUGAAAUAAAAAAGAGCCCUGCAGAUUCACUAGGAGUGAGCAUUGCUGGAGGUGUAGGAAGUCCUCUUGGAGAUGUUCCUAUAUUUAUCGCCAUGAUGCACCCAAACGGAGUUGCCGCUCAGACUCAGAAGCUGAGAGUUGGGGACAGGAUUGUUAGCAUCUGUGGAACAUCUACUGAGGGCAUGACUCAUUCCCAAGCUGUUAAUAUCUUAAAAAAUGCUUCAGGCACUGUUGAGUUGCAGGUUGUAGCUGGAGGAGAAGUGAGUGUCAUAACUGGUCAGCAGCAGGAUCCACCGACAUCCAGUCUCUCAUUUGCGGGACUAACUUCAACUGGCAUUUUUCAGGAUGACUUAGGACCUCCUCAAUACAAGACUAUUACUCUGGACAGAGGACCAGAUGGCCUUGGCUUUAGUAUUGUGGGUGGCUACGGCAGUCCCCAUGGAGACUUACCCAUUUAUGUGAAGACGGUGUUUGCAAAGGGUGCAGCAGCAGAAGAUGGACGCCUGAAGAGGGGUGAUCAGAUCAUUGCUGUGAAUGGGCAGAGUUUAGAAGGGGUGACUCAUGAGGAAGCAGUUGCUAUUCUGAAAAGGACAAAAGGAACAGUCACUUUGACUGUAUUGUCAUGAACUGGCUGCCUGAAGGGUUAGGGUCAAUAAGACUGUAUUAUUUACUUUCCACAUAGUAAAGAGAAUGGAAGUGUU